CUUUACAUUUUCAGGCGCGGAAAAAAGAAAAAAAUGAGAUAUUUUCGUUUAGUUCGCAUUCAGACAGCAUUCGAAACGGUGACUUUCAAAUUUCUUUCAGAAUAAUUUUAUUCAUUUUUCAUAUAAUUAUUUUUUAAAAAAUAAAAUACGUGUGAGAUAUAAAAAUGUAUACUGUUCACGUUACCACGUCAACUCGAAGAAAGUCAUCCGCUCGAAGACCUUCCAACUGUCAAGAUAGCGAAGUUCUUUUUAAUAUUGGUCGAAAUGAAUCUAUUCCAUUAAGACUUCUAAAUUAUUUUCGUGCUAAAUUUCACUUGGAAGAUAAACAUAGUGAAUCUGAGGACGAGCUUGAGGAAGUCGGGAGCGUUUUAGGAACUUCUGCAGCUCCGAGUAUUGCUCUAGGUUCAAGGCACAGACCUGAGGAAUUGGCGACCUUGGCUGCGACUACCAGAUUUACCAGGAAAGAGAUUCAAUUAAUUUACCGGGGAUUUAAGCAAGAAUGUCCUACUGGCUUGGUUGAUGAAGAAGGUUUUAAGCAGAUUUUUUCUCAAUUUUUUCCACAAGGAGAUGCUAGUCAGUAUGCACAUUAUGUUUUUAAUACGAUGAAGAGAAAACCGUCUGGAAAAAUCAGUUUUGAGGAAUUUCUGACAAUUCUUUCUAAAGUUUCUCGAGGGUCUGUUGAGGAGAAAUUACAAUGGGUAUUUGGUUUGUACGAUUUAGAUGGUGAUGGAUUGAUAAGUAAAGAAGAAAUGCUGGAUGUGGUUGAGUCAAUUUACGAAAUGCUAGGACGUUACACUCAACCACAAAUACUGGAACCACAAACAGCAGCAAAAGAACAUGUUGAACGUAUUUUUCAUUUGAUGGAUGCUAACAAGGAUGGUGUGGUAACAAUAGAAGAACUGGUUCAAUGGUGUUCAAAAGAUGAGCAGUUAUUAAAGAGUCUUGAUACUUUAGAUACUGUAUUAUGAGAUCGUCAAUUUCAUAAUAACACUUUAGUUUUUUUAAAAAGCUCACAAGAUUCUUGGAAAUUUAAAAAACAAUUAAUGAUUUUAUAAAUAAUCGCAUGAAUGUGCAUAACAAAAGUCUCUUUAAGAAAGACGAUAAACUCAAAUUUAUCAGUUUCCUCUAGAGUUCUUCUAUUAUUCUUUUCUUCUUAUUCAAUCUUAAAGAAAAAGUGCCACUCGAUUAUCGAGCACGUAUUAUAAAAACGUAAUCGAUAAAUUAAUUGUAAAUAUGUAUACUUAUUAUUACUAUGGAAAAGUUCCCAGUGUCUUUCGGAGAUGUCAAAUUUUUUGGCAUAUCUAUUGAAAUUAACAAAAACUUAAUGUUUAAAUAUAAUUAAAUUAUUGUAUUGUUGUUUAAAAAAUAUCGCAAUUCUAUU